CUGCAAGCUCCUCGCGAUCACGCUUCUCCAUGACAUCGCGCCGUCACUACUGUCGCUGCUGUCCACGCGAACGCCAACGCGAACGACACACCUUCCGCGGCGUUCUGGCGAUUUUCGCAACGAAUGCGCGCGUCACGGGUGUCUUGAUACGACGUUCCACGUACGACGCAAGCCGACCAUCGAUCGAUCGAUCGAGCGGUGCUGGGCAAGCUCUGAUCGCGCGCGAGGAAACCUCGAAUCUCCAAACCACCUGGCGCGGAACACAACCGCGCCGCUGUACAGCACAUUCGCAGCUGUGCCAACUUUGAGUCCAGCAAGUGCUGCAUGGCCUGCGAGUGGUGAAGGCCCAUCUAGCGUGCACCUCUCGUGUCUGCAGGAGAGUCAGAGUGAUCAGCAUCUCCAACAUCGUCAUGCUGGACGUGCUGGACAAGUAUCCCGUGCUAUCGGCCCUGUUGCCCUUCAUAUAUUGGAGCACCUUGCCAAGCAUCGGUACGCAACUCGCCCUGCACGCCUUCUACACCAUUUCGCCCUCGCUUCGCCCCACGACGCAAGCCGACGUCGCGCUGCAUUUCAACAGAGCUCGCGUCCUGGUAGUGAGCGCCUACCUCUUCUACACGCUCCACCAAGCCCUCGUGGGUGCACCGCCCAACUUUUACACCACCCUCGGUCUGCCGCUGGAUGUUGAGACGGAACACGUGCCGAGAGCUUUUAGAAAGCUGGCUAGGAUCUAUCAUCCUGACAAGGUGGGUCCUAGAGGCGAGGCCUUCUUCAUCGCUGCUAGGACAGCUGCCGACGUCAUUGGCGAUCCGACCAAGCGAUAUGCCUACGAUCGGUUCGGACCGAGCGUGAUCGCUUGGGAGAAGCUGUACACUGUCAGGGAGCACAUGGGACAAGGUUUUCAAGAGGCUUUGCCCUACUACGUCGUCCAGCCCGCCAUUCUGAGCUUCAUCAAUUGGCUCAAUGGCGACGGUUUCAUCGACUUUUGGAGAGCCACGCUUUUCAUGCUCAUGGCUUCCUCUGAGCUCUACCUGUGCGCCUUGCCCGAACGACCUGCGCUCCUCGUGCGCCUCUUGCCCAACACCACGCAAGCCGAGGUGGUGUCGUUCUUGCACGAGCUCUUUCUGUCCGUAAUGCUCGCGAGCAAACAGAUCGCGCCUCUCAUUCCCAAGCUGGGCAUCAUUCCUUCCAACAUUCCCCGGUACGGCAAGAGGACGAACGAGGAGACGCAGAGGGAUCUGCAAGAGUUGGACAGCGUCAUGGUCAGGUUGGCUCAGCUGGCCGAGGUGACGCGAGGAGAAUCGCAAAGGGGCGUGGCUGCUAGUCUUGAACCUCUGCGUCCCUCCCAGAGACCCUCUGCUCAGACCUUGCAACAAGCAGCGCAAGAAGCUGCCAAAGCGGGCGCACCUCCUCGGCCCAAUGGGGCCUUUUUGAUACGAGAGCCGAGUCAGGUGGAACAGACUUGGAUGCACCUGUUCGCAAGGGAAGUGUUCAGAAAGCGGGUGGAGAAUAGCAGGUUGGAGAUGGGACUCGAGUCGAGCGAGAGAAGCGAUGGUGCGCCCCCGACCGCGACCGCGACCGCGACCGCGGGCGCGCCGAAUGGACAGGCAAGCAGCGCAGCAUCGCAGCCGGGUAGGGAAACCGCGAUGCUCUCGAAUGGUCAGGGCGUAGAUAGGGAGCAUCACGCCACGCCUGGCGAUCACGAUCCCAGGGUUGAGCUCACGCAAUAAAAGAAACUGUUCAACCGC